AUGGACAUCGACAGUUUUGUCCGAUUAACAGUUCAAGAAGACGUAUCUUCGAACUGCAGCUUGAUUGCGGGCAACUACAGCACCUCGCAGUUAGCUGAAAACUCAACUUCUGCUCAAUUAAAAUGUCUCGGUGAAGAUCAACAGAAUCAAAGCUCGGGAAUGAAACCAGACAUUUCCAUAUUUGUAUGGUUUUCGUACAUCUUAUGCGGUCUUGCGAUCUGCUCCAUCGUGGGUAAUUGUCUACCAAUCGCGGCAAUCGUCAAGCAGGAGACACUGCACAAACCGGUCUACAUUCUCAUGGCCAACCUGGCAGCAAGUGACAUUUGCACUGGUGUAAGCUUACUCUCCAUGAUCUGUACGGGUUAUUCUAUGCCUGUUGUGCCCGAGGCACUGGUCCGUUUUUACUUGACAACAGUUCUCCUUUCCGCGCUUACCUCCGCUUACAGUCUGCUGACCCUGACGGCUGAGCGCUACUGGUUCAUUGUCCAUGGCAUGACCUACGUCAACAACGUCACUAACGACCGCUGCCUGAUAAUGAGCGCUGUCGUAUGGGUUUGGAGUGGCAUUUUCGCAAUGCUGCCGUACUUUGGCUGGAACUGUACGGUAGAAUGUAUUCCUCUUUCAAGCGCAAGCUAUGCCUACAGUUACCUGGUCCUUGUCUUGGUGCUAGUCUUCAUACCGAUGACUGCAAUCGUGGGCCUCAAUCUCGGCGUCUUCUGGUGUCUGUGGAAGCAGGUUAGCGCCAUCAAGCGACAAGAAGCCGCGGUGCACGCCCAACACAGCACCAGCAGGAAAUCCUCAAUCACCGUUCUCAUCAUCACCAUUCUGUUUCUAGUAGGGUGGCUGCCAUUUUGCAUCAGAAUCGCCGACGGCAUUGCCUGCAAACAAGACUGCGGCAUCACAGGCCCGCCCAUGCUAGGGUUUGUCAUCGUAAAUUCCGCGCUUAAUCCAAUCAUCUACGGCUUCCGGCUGAAAGACAUUCGCCGUGGUGUCAAGCGCCUCUUCUUCGGCCGCGCCGUUAACGCAGUGCACCCAAAGAAAAGGAACCAAACCUCGGCAAUAAAACCAAAUACUGCUCUAUCUAUUUGGUUGUCAUACAUCUUAUGCGGUCUUGCGAUUUGGUCCAUCGUGGGGAAUUGUCUACCAAUCGCGGCAAUCGUCAAGCAGGAGACACUGCACAAACGGGUCUACAUUCUGAUGGCCAACCUGGCAGCAAGUGACAUUUGCACUGGUGUAACCUUACUCUCCGUGUACUGUACGGCUUAUUCUUAUACUGAUCUUGUUCUGCCUGAUGUACUGGCGCAUUUCUACUUCACAACAGUUCUCCUCUCCGCGCUUACCUCCGCUUACAGUCUGCUGACCCUGACGGCUGAGCGCUACUGGUUCAUUGUCCAUGGCAUGACCUACGUCAACAACGUCACUAACGACCGCUGCCUGAUAAUGAGCGCUGUCGUAUGGGUUUGGAGUGGCAUUUUCGCAAUGCUGCCGUACUUUGGCUGGAACUGUGCGGUAGAAUGUAUUCCUCUUUCAAGCGCAAGCUAUGCCUACAGUUACCUGGUCCUUGUCUUGGUGCUAGUCUUCAUACCGAUGACUGCAAUCGUGGGCCUCAAUCUCGGCGUCUUCUGGUGUCUAUGGCAGCAGGUUAGCGCCAUCAAGCGGCAAGAAGCCGCAGUGCACGCCCAACACAGAACCAGUAGGAAAUCAUCAAUCACCGUUCUCAUCAUCACCAUUCUGUUUCUAGUAGGGUGGCUGCCAUUUUGCAUCAGAAUCGCCGAAGGCAUUGCCUGCAAACAAGACUGCGGCAUCAAAGGCCCGCCCAGGAUAGGGUUUGUCAUCGUAAAUUCCGCGCUUAAUCCAAUCAUCUACGGCUUCCGACUGAAGGAAAUUCGCCGUGGCGUCAAGCGUCUCUUCUUUGGCCGCGCCGUAAACGCAUUGCACCCGAAGAAAAGGACAACUGCAUUUGUUUUGACGACGGUUCAAAAAUAA